UCUGCAGAAGAACAUCUCAAAACACACAACACAUCCAACUUUAAAGCAGAUGAGCCGCAACAGCAAAAGCAGCAGGAGAGCACAUCAGUGACACUCCUGUCUGAUAACAACCAGCUGGGGAUACUAUUCACAUAGAAUACAGAAGCUGGUCCAACUUAAGGUUUAAUCAGUUGGUGAUUAAAUGAAUCUCAGCAGUCAUUAAACCCAGGCUUUCUUCUCCUAGGACGUGUGCGAGACCUGCUUUUGGAGUUUGCUAGAUUUGUCAAGCAGCAUCCCCUGGGUCCUAUGAGCCCCACGGUGAAUAUUUAUGGCUGGCUGGAGAUGACACUGCAGCGCUGUCUGCCGGAUAAUGCACACACUCUGGCCACUGGCCGCCUGCACGUCUCCAUGACUCGCAUGGCCGACGGAACAAAUGUUAUUGCGUCACAAUUUCAUUCCAAAGAUGACCUCAUAAAAGCGCUUCUGUGCAGCUGUUUUAUUCCUGUUCUCGCUGGUGUGAUUCCACCCCAAUAUAAAGGCGAGCACUUUAUGGAUGGAGGCUUCACCAACAUCCAGCCCUUGGAGGACUCCUUUCCCGCCCUCACUAUCUCCCCAUUUGCUGGAAACAUGGACAUCUGUCCUUCUGACUCCUCCACCAGCCUCUGUGAUGCCAUCAUCCAGCAGCUGGCCUUCCAGUGCUCACUCACCAACUUCAUCAGACUGGUGGAUGCCAUAUUCGCUCGAGACUGGAGGGUUUUGAAGAAGGCUUUCUACAGUGGAUACCAAGAUACUGUAUUCUUUCUACAGCAAAACAAUGCUUUGCCAUUGUACCCUCAGAGGAGAAAGGAGUCGGAUGUGUCUGAUGAUUCACUGAGCUCAGAUCACUGGAUGUUAACACAGACUAAUGAGGCUGAAAAAGACGAAUCCCAAAAAGACUCGCCAGAGCAGCCCGAAGACAAGAGCAUCAAUGGAGAUUGCUCAUCUGUGAGUCCAAACCCAGUAAAAGUCCAGGAAGUGCUGCUGUGUAACAUCAUGAGUCAGCUGGAGAUCAUCGGUAAUUCUAAAAUCUCUCUGCUUCAGAGGCUGCUCUCCUAUGUGCUCUUACUGUUCACAUUGCCAAUCUGGAGUAUCACCAACUUAUGGGACAGGUACCAGAAUUGGCUCUCCGAUGCUGCAGUUGUGUCGUACUGGCUCUGGCAUAGCUUGAAAGUAUUUAUGAUGUUUGUACUGAACAUCUAUUUUUCCACUUUGAGGAAAGCCCUUGGAGACAUUCUGAUCAAAUUUCUACCUGAGCAAGUUCACGAUGAGCACCGAAGGUCCAGAGAGAAGGCUGAGAGACAUGAGGUCUCCUCCAACAUGAAUGGAGAGGCCUCUUCUAUUGUCCUGGGGAGUGUCUCUAUGGCUCAGACCCUGCCAAAACUCUACGCAGUCCUGUUUUUACUAGAGGCAGAGAGCAAAUGGAGAAAACGCAAGAUAGAGGUGCAACACACACUACAGCAACAAGUGGCUGCAAAAAAAACGAGUUAAAACUGUGCAAGAAAUGUGAAAGCAUUGAUUUUUUUUAAAAGCUAAAUACUGAAUUCGUAUUCAAAUAUGUACUAACAUUUGAAACAAUGCUCUAGAUCAGGGGUCCUCAACCACCAGAUCACAGCUCAGUACUGGGUUGUGAAAGGGUCACACCAUUGCUCUACAGUCCCUGACAAAACUUUUGUCGCUUAACUAUUUUGUUGAAACACCUGCUAUUAACCUGACUUUUAAUCAAUGGGUGUUAGAAAUAGCUCAAGUGAAAAGCUAAAAGCCUCCCAAAUGAUGUUUAAAGCAUUGAAAUAAAUUAGUUUCACCUAAAAAAGAUGUAUCAUUUAAAUAAGACUAAAAAGUCAAAUUUUGGUGCGAGAAAAGUUUAAACAAAUUUACUGCAAAUACAAAAAUACGUCAGCAAAUUAAGUAGUGGUGCUAUGAGAUCCAAGUUUAAUGUCUUGUAUGACUUCCAUGAGCUUGAAUGACUGCUUCCAUGCGGUUUGCCAAGGAUUCAUACAUUUAUUUAUUGACAAAGGCAGUCGUCUUGCAUGCCUCCCAGAGUUCAUUACUAUUUGGUUUCGUUUUCCAUGCUUCCUCUUUCUUCCUACCCCACGUUUUCUCAAUCAUGUUCAUGUCAGGUGACUGGGCUGGCCAAUCCUGGAGCAUCUAGCAUCUUAGUGUUUAAGUUCAGUUCAGUUUAGCUCAGUUUAGUGUGGUGUAAAAUCAUUACUGAGAGCCUAAACACUGAAGAGCAAAUUCAUCGAUGAGUAGCUCUACCAAUCCCAAACCAAGCAAGCUAGAGGCGACAGGGGAGAGGGAAAAAAACAUCACUGAUUGGCGAAACCAGAAUCAGUUGGGCAUGACCAUUUUAAUUUCCCCACUGGCCAAACGUCUUGUGCAGAGCUGCAGUCUCAGCGGUGGAGUUAAUAAAAAAAUGGUCUAAUCAACAUGAGUUCAAAAAAUGUUGGUCAACAUGUUCUGUAGAUCAUGUGAUUACAUUUUGGUGAAAAUCAAUCAAAUGGCCUAGGACUUAGGAACAUAGAAAUAGCACAAAAUAAAUAAAUAAAUCAUGAAAGAAAAUGACGUCAUAGGGUGAAUUUUGAAUCGGCCUGAGCCCAGGAAUCAGGAAAAAAUCAUUUUGAUUGUAGCUCUUUUGGUUCAAAAGUUUUAAUAAUAAACAUAAGUGAAAUUUUGAACAAGUGCUGGUGCUAGAAAGUUUGCGUUAGAGAGUUCGGUAGCACAUUAUAUUAACUACACACUAUGAAUCAUUUACUAAGCAUUAACUUUUAGUAAAUUCAUAAUUUGUUAAUCAUUAACUCUAUAUUAAUA